AUGAGCUCGCAGCUUGCAAAACCUAUUUCUCAUAACUCAUUUUCAAAUAAAAAUGAAAAAUCAUUAAUAGAUAACCAAAAUAUGGAUGCUCUUUUGAUUCAGAUUCAAAAAGGUAAAGUACUUAAAAAGACGAUAACAAACGAUAGAAGCGCGCCUAUUAUAAAAAAAGUUGUUUCAUAUGAAAUAUCAAAUAGAGUAGCAUCAACGAUGUCAAACUCAUCUAAAUCUUCAUCCAAUCACUCAGAACCUCCAUCUUUUGUUCAAAAGCUACCGGAGUUGUUUCAAGAUGGUGCACCGAAGUUAAAGCAUCGAGAAGGAGGUGUCAAUACAGGAGCUAUACAUAUUGAAAAUGCAGCUAAUUCAAAAAACAUGCAAUCUUCUUCUAAAAGGGAAUCAAAUGCUGUUCAAACUUCCUUAUUAAGAAACAAUAGUACUUCCUCUAGAUCUGUAUCUGAUUCACAAAAAACAACAUAUAAGAAAACAUCAUCUACUGUUUUAACACGACCUAUUUGCCUUCCACCUCCUAUUCCAAGAACUAUUUCUAUGUCAGUAUCAAAAAAGACCGAUGUUCAGGGUUCUUCAAUAAUACCACCGUUAGCGCCACCGCCUCCUCCACCUCCACCUCCGCCUCCGCCUCCUCCACCAACACGCAAUGUUUCAUUAUCGACUCCAUCGACUGCUCCUCCGCCUCCACCAAUUCCAUCAUCUAUUGCAGUGAACAAAACAAGUACGAGGCCACCACCUCCACCACCUCCACCACCUCCACCACCCCACUUAUCAUCAUCAAUGGCAGCAAAUACUUCAAAAGAAACAUAUAUCUAUCGAUCAUCUUCAGUGUUAUCUUCUCAGGGCUCUCUUUCAAGACAAAAUAAGUCUUAUGUGUCUUUGAAUUUUAAUAAACUUUAUACAGGACCUGGUAUUAAGCCAAGUAAUAUAAAUAUUAUGAUUGAUGAUUCUCGUUGGAGAUUUAAAGAUGAAGACGAAUUUCCAGCACCACGCACUUUUUCUGGUGAACAAAAAAUAUUUAGAAGUGGAAGACAAGGUGGAAGCACAGUACCUCUAAACCUAGAUUGAUAUAAACAUAUUCAUUUUUUAUUUUCUUUCAAACUUUGAAAUUUCAUUGUAACAUUUCUUAAUUUUGUAAAUACAUAUAUAUUGAUUUUCAAGCACAAA